GCAUUUAUUCAUUCAUUUCUUCGUGCGCAAUACAGUGGUACCGCGGUACGUUAACAGUCUCAUUGUUAUACAUUCUCGCAUUGCAUUAAAAUACGUUCUAUAUUGUCGAUUUAAGUGAAGAGUUCAAGUUUUCUGUAUUUGAAUUCAAAUAAUUUGCCGAAAUGGAAGAUUUACAAGUUGUAGAAACCCAUUCUAUGAUGGAAGAACGGAUAAUUAUAUAUAAAUGGAAAGUAGAUCAUAUUUUUUCAAUUAUGCGAUUCGCCUUGAGCAACAAAGAAGACAGUACAAUCCAAUCACCAGUUUUUUCAAGUAAUAAUAAUACCGGUGAUAGUUCGUGGUAUUUAACAAUGAAAUUAACGUAUGUACCUCAACAGGGCGAAUGGCUUUCAAUAGCUUUGACAUAUUGUGGUGGACAUCAAACAUUAAGAGCCAAAUAUUCGAUAAGUUUUAUUGAUGAUGCAGGAAACAAACAAUUAGAGCAAACAGAAACUAAAAUUUUCAAAAACAGUGUAGGACAUGUUAUUCUGCAGUCUCGUCCAGUAAGUGAACUAUUGGAAGAAGCAGGUAAUUUAGUAUCUGAUGAAACAUUCACUGUAUCCCUUGAACUUAUUGAAAUUAUCGUACGUUCUUACGCUAGUCCACCCAUCACUAAACUUCGAUUAAAAAGAUCGAAACAAGUUGUCGACGAUUUGCCAGCUCUUUUUCAUAGUAAAGAUUACAGUGAUAUUAUUCUAGCUGUUGGUGAUAAGAGAAUUCUAGCUCACAAAGCUUUACUAAUGAAUCGAAAUAAUGUAUUUCGUGCAAUGUUGUCAUCUCAUAAGAAAAACACCAGAAGUAAUGUAGUAAAUAUCCCUGAUAUGGAUCCUGAUAUCCUUGAAAAACUAUUGGAAUUCAUUUAUACGGACAAUGUGACUAAUCUUGAUGAAGUUGCUGAACGUUUAUAUGAAGUAGCAGAUAAAUAUCAGAUACCAGCUCUAAAAAAGUUAUGCGAAGAAUCACUUUGUAAAAACAUAACUGUUAGAAAUGCCGUUAAAUAUCUUGUUUUACUUAACCGUCAUAACGCUAACGGAAUAUUUUUGAAUUAUGUAGCAGAUUUCAUUGCAAUCAAUUCAAAGAUAAUUACCGAAGCUGAAGAAUAUAAAGCAUUACUAAACACUAAUCCAGCAUUAUUGAUGACUGUCUUAACGAAAAUUUGCAAUAUUAAAUAGAAAAAAAGAUCAACAUCUUGGCAAUUCAAUACUGUAGCAUAAGCCGGAUAUUUUUAAAUUUAUUAUUAUCAGUUAUAAUCCUUUUCGGGCUUGAUCUAAAUCUUUCUACUUUUUUUUAUAAUUACUUUCAUUUUAAUAAUAUAAUUUACAAUAGUUAUCAUAUCAAUUAUAUUAAUGCGCUAAUAUUUUUGCUAAUUGAUGUCUGUCAAAGUACGUUUUGUAAAACAAAAAAUAUUAUUACAUUGUAUUCUUUAUCUUCCAAUAAAUACACA